AUGAUGAAUAUUCCCGGCCGUUUAACCAAUAAACAACUCCUGCAACAUUUGAUCUCUGAUAAGAAUAUUCAUUGCCUGUUUCGUCGUUCUACACAAAAUCCAUCAAUUUAUGAUGUCAACAAGCUUUCAGAAGAAUCUCAGAAAGAAGGCUCAAAAAUACGCUGGAGCGAGCGUUCUCCUUUUGGAUUGGCUGCACCAUUAGUGGCAUUUGCUCUUGGUGUAUGGCAGUUACAGAGAUUGCAGUGGAAAACAAAUUUAUUGAAAAAAAUAGAAGAUAGAAUGAAACAGGAAGCUGUACCAUUUCCAGAUGAUAAUUUGUCGUCAUUGGACGAUCUUGAAUAUGCAAAAGUGAAAGUAACGGGUGAAUUUCUUCAUGACCAUGAAUUUUAUGUGCAACCAAGGCAACGAUUUGAUAAAGAGGAAAAGAAAUCGAAAAUUCGACCUGCAGUAAAUAAUUUUGGUAGCCCUGGUGCACAAGUUAUCACUCCGUUUAAACUUCAUCCAUCGGGUCGAACUGAAGGACAAGUGCAAGGACAAGUUACCUUUGAUGCAGUAGUUCGUCAUACCGAAAAGAGGCCGUCCUUUAUUCGGCGAAAUGAUCCUGACAAUGACCUUUGGUUUUACACAGAUAUUGAACAAAUGGCAGAAAAACAUGGCACAUUACCCGUUCUUGUUGAUGCAUGUUAUGAAUCUAGUAUUCGAGGUGGUCCAAUCGGAGGUCAGACAAGAGUAAACCACAGAAAUGAUCAUAUGAUGUAUGCUUGUUUCUGGUUUUCAAUUGGAGCGGCAACUUUGUUUGGAUGGUUUCUUUAA